UCUAUUUGGUAGUGUGCACACAGUUUUAUAAUAUUAAUAAACCAACCUCUCCCGGGACCGCCUACAAAACACAACAACACUGGCCAUUGCUGGCCGUGGGCUGCUGACUGUAUUGUAAACACACCUUCAAAAGUGGAACCGGCCGUGUGGAUGGACGAAGGAUUUAGCUGGGUGAACUUCAACAGUUCAUAUUCCCGAAGGAUCAGAGAUGGAUGUUGCAAUCAGUAAUGGACACGGAACCGUCGCGGAAUCCCAACCUGACGGGGCGUCGAUCGCAUCCAGUGAGGAAUAUAAUCAUGCCCCGCCUAGCGAGGAUUAUAAUAACCAUGCCCCGCCUGGGGAGGAAAACAAUGACCCGCCCAGUCCAUCUUCAUCAUACACCAAUGAACAAAUGUUAAAUGGUUCCGUUGCCUCUGCGACGAGACCCAAAGACCCCACUGAUCGAUUUGGUUUUACUGGAGGCAAACAGUUCACCAAAGACUCGGAUUGGAAUACUCCUGUUCAGGUAAUCCGAAGACGAGAGAUCAAGUGGCUAGACAUGCUGGAUGACUGGGACAAAUGGAUGAGCAAGAAACCUAAGAAGGUCCGUGAGCGAUGUCGUAAGGGGAUCCCCUGCUCUAUACGAUCCAGGGCAUGGCAACAUCUCUGCGGAAGCAAGAAGUUGUACGAGCAGAAUAAAGCUAGUUGGGAGGAGUUGGAUACCAUGGAGGGUGAUCCUAAAUGGUUGGAGAUCAUCCAGAAGGAUCUUGAUCGUCAGUUCCCAUUCCAUGAGAUGUUUGCGUCACGCGAUGGCCACGGACAACAAGAUCUCUUCCGCAUCUUGAAGGCGUACAGCAUCUACAAUCCAAGGGAUGGAUACUGUCAAGCUCAGGCUCCUGUGGCUGCCGUGCUCCUCAUGCACAUGCCUGCCGAGGAUGCGUUUUGGGCUCUGGUCCAGAUCUGUGAGAAGUACUUGACCGGUUACUAUAGCCCAGGAUUGGAAGCUGUCCAGAUCGACGGUCAAGUAUUGGCCGCACUCAUGAAGAAAGAGUCACCGACGUGUCAUAAACACAUGAAGAAACAUCGGAUUGAGCCUAUUCUAUACAUGACAGAGUGGUUCAUGUGUAUUUUCUCUCGGACGUUACCUUGGCCGUCCGUCCUGAGGGUUUGGGACAUGUUCCUGUGUGAAGGUGUGAAAGUGUUAUUCCGUGUUGGGCUGGUCCUGCUGAAGCAGACGUUGGGACGAUCUGAUAAACUUGCCGACUGCCAAGGCUUGUAUGAAACUAUGGAAGCUUUGAAAAACAUUCCAGCUGAGAUUACGCAGGAGGACUUCCUGGCUUCAGAGAUGCUGAAGCUACGAGUCUUCGAGAAGGACCUGGAGGAAGAGCACUCCCUGUCACUCGCCCGACGUCGCAUCAUCAAGGAGCGGCAACUGGCUCCAGCAAAGGCUGCUGCCAUGGCCAGGGACAUUGACAAACUGCGCAAGAAGAAACGGGGCAAGGUGAAACCCCCGUCCUCCUCCUUCAAGCAAGAGGGAUUCGGUAGCCAGGACUUGCUCGCCCUUGAGAGAGGUGCUGCGCAGGACGCAAGCCCUCGACGAGAUACGCCGAGACGACCAUCCAAUGAGAGGUUUCCGGAUUACGAUUUAAAUCGAUCGCCAAGCGGGAGCGUCUCCUCAGGGGUUAGACCCAAGUUUGAGAGAGAGGUACAUGUUGACAAUCCAUCGAGAGACUGGAGCCUGGAACCGAGAAGUGAUCAGGCUCGAUCGCCAAGUGGAAGCGUUUCCUCGGGCGGACAAUUCCAACGGGAAAUACACGUGGAUAACCCACCUCGAGAUUGGAACCUUAACAGCACAGAACCUGGGCCGAUUUCACCAACCUCUGGGAAAGAUAAAUCGCCGAAGGGUAAAAACUCUAAGAAAGAGGAAAAGAAAAAGGAAAAGGCAGAGAAGAAGAAGAGCAAAUCAGGCCAUAAGGAGGAUGUUGCCAGCGGAGAUGCCAUCAUGGGAGGAGAAAAGGAGGCGGAGAGUAAAACAGAUAAAAAGGACAAGAAAAAAUCUAAAAAGGAAGAGAAGAAAGAAGAAAAGAAAAUGAAGAAGUCGGACAAAAAGCAUAAAGAUAAAAGCGGGCAUUCCAGCGACCAGCACUCAUCCCCUAUCGAUGACCAUUUCGGGGCCUCUGGAAACGAGGCUGUUGGUUGGCAUGACAACGGGAGAGGCAUCGCUGGUAUCCAUCUUGAUGAUCAUCAUUUUACGGCAGCCGCACCCCCAACUCAUCAUGAAAUGAACAUACCGACAAGUUUACUCGUGAAACCUGCAGAACCUAAGAACACUGGUACACAUUUCACCGGUGACCAUCAUCAGAUGUCACCGGGAAAAGAGAGUGAGAGUUUUGCAUCGUCCCCUCCCAGACAAGGGAGCCAUCUUGAACACAACGAAGAAACUGUACCCUUUCCUUCCGUGGGACUGGAAACGCCUGUAUGAGAGGCGGAGUUUUCUUUCUAGAUUAGGGGGGUCAGGGCCACGUUUGCUUUAUAUGCAUGUUGCAUGAUUUUGAGGAAUUAAUAAUAAUAUUAAUACUGUGCAAUUCUUUUGUAAGGGCUGAUUUGUACAUAAAAUUGGUUGUUUUGAAUAGCUUAAGGGGUCAAACAUGCUUUAAGCAGAUUUGUAUUGGCUGUGCAGAAGUAUGGACCCCCUAGCUUAGUGAUUGUUUUCCUCCUAUAAAUUUGUACAUGGCCAUUUUUUGUAAAAUAUUUAAUGGAAAAUGCUACACUGUACAAAGGAAAUGUUAAAAUAAUUAUAAAAUAAAGGGAACUGUGUUUGGUUAGUUUGAAUUUUGUGGGAAGAUAUCCUUAGGCUCUGAGCCUCUAAAUUUAUAUUUGUUUUUGCAAAAUUUAAGAAAUUUAUUGACAACAAUGGUGGAGGGGUCAUUAAUAAAUGGCAAAUAAUAUAAAUAUGUUUUUAAUGUAAAAGCUCAUGUAUAAAUGAUGUGGGGAAAAUGUGCAUGAAGUAAUCUUCACACAUGUGUUGAAUCCGUUAAUAUAAUAACUUACUGGCAAUGCAAUUAAAAAAAGUUUGAGAAAAUUUACAAUUGAGUACCGAAAGUUAAAAAAUAAAUGGCACUGCCAAGAUGUACGCCUUGCUGUUUAGUUUACAUGUAACUAUGGCCCUUUUUGAAUCCAAAGUUUUGGCCUUGGAUCUGGCUUCAGGCUCUGUGUAGAUUAAGCCCUGAGCACAUACGCAAAACAUGUGCAAUUGUCAAAACAACUGUUUGCCAUGUUUGCUUGAGCCAAAUCCAAAGCCGAAGCCAUGGUUUGGAAAAGGGCCUGGGCCAGGAUUAUAGUUGUGUAAUGCAUUGCUUCAAAACCAGUGCGCCAUGAUGGUUGCUGGUGUUGCUUAGACUCAAAUUUCACCCAGAAUCUGCUACGUGCCAACAUGAAGCGCAUUUGGACAUGCAUAUGGACUAUUUUAAAUUUGAUAAUUUGUCAGACUUAAAGGGAAGGUACACUAUUGGUAACUGUCAAAGACCAGUGAUCUCACUUGGUGUAUCUCAGCAUAUGCAUA